UUUUAGGGGGGUCGCCUCGGCGGCAGAGAGCAACAUCUCACAUUGUGGCGGGAAACUUUGGAGCUCCGGCGGACGCCAUUUUCAGUAGGCCGGCGCCCCGCUGCGCUCAGGAGACUCUCGUACAGCCCUAGGCCGGCUUGCGAAAGCAAGAUCCGACGCGCAAGUGCCCUCGGUGAAGAGAACGCAGCGCUUUGCCGUACGUCGCCUUAGCGCCCCAAAAUUAGCGGGAGGCGCACACCAAAGUUAACACGCCCUAGGGCGAACCCCAGCCCCCCAUCUCCCAAAAAAAUACGUCAAAUUUACAUCCUUUGACAAAAAUGUCGAGCGCCGAACCCGCCGGAUCCGCCAAGGACACCACCAAGGACGCGGCCAAGGACGCGCCCGCCAAGCCGACGUCGGACAGCGACUCCGCCGAGUCCUCCAGCACACCUUUUGAUGCGGCCGUCAUCGCCGCGCUCAUGGAGCUGCCGACGUCCCCGCCAACGAGCCCCGCCGCGAAGAAGUCCAAGGGACUCCUCUCACCAAGGAGAACACCGGGCGCGCGCUCCCACGACUCGCCCUUCAGCACGAUGGCCGCGCGCGUCCACAAGGCGAAUCCUUCCGGACCUAGAAGCCCGUUCUUCGACACCGCGUUCAGCCCGCUCGGAGCUCUCCAAGCGGCGUCGUCGCUCGAUGAACCCUCGAAAGAUAGAGCGGCGGCGGCCGCGGCGGCCAGAAGACCGGGCCGCGGCAAGUCCAUCGGGAGUCUGCGGGCGGCGGCCGAAGCUGGUAGGGGCGCCCCAUUACUCCCGAGAAUAAGGGACGACGACGCGUUGCCGCCAACGACACCCGACCGGCGACCGCAAGGGCGCCAGAUGUCUCGAGCACCCUCGGUCCCAGCGGUACCGAAGGGCUGGAUCUCGGUGAAGAUCAUGCCGUCGUCGUGCGAACUGCGAAGAGCGAUACGACGCGUGAACCACGUCAUGGGCAAAGGAGACGGAGACGACUCCGACAGCGGCGACGAGAACCGGCCGCCCAGAACUCACAGAAGACAACUCAGUCUACAGGACCUGAGAGACGCGGCGGCGGCCGCGGACUACCCGCAGAGUCCGCCACCGACGAACGACGUCGGCAUCUCGCUGCUCGGCAGACUAGGUUCACCAAGGAGACUCGUGAACUCGCCCAACCGAUCUCCACCACCGGAAGAUGAUACAGAAGCGGCGGCCCAGGCCGUGAACACGGCCAUGUCCGACGAUGAUGUCUUGCAUCUUGUCGAGAAAGACCAGGCCCCCGAGCCCACGAACGUCCAGUUCCGCGUUACUAAUAGACGUAGAGCCUUCUCCGCCGCGGAAGAAGCUCCUCGGAAACGCAAAGCGACAGGCCCGCCGCCGCCCAAGAAACGGUUAGCGCAGGGGACCACACCACCCACCAGAAGACCAGCGGCCAAAAGAGCACCAAGUCCAGUAUACGACGACGACACGCCCGACAGCAAAGUCAAGCGCCACAAGCCCUGCAACUGCCGCAAUUCCAGAUGUCUCAAGUUAUAUUGCGACUGCUUCGCGGCGGGCCGCUGGUGCAAGGGCUGCAACUGCGUCGAUUGCCACAACGACCUCGCGCAUGCCAAAGAACGCGACGAGGCCAUCCGAGCGACGCUGGAAAAGAACCCGAAAGCGUUUAGAGCGAAAGUCAAGGACACGGCCCACGCGUCCGGCUGCCACUGCAAGAAAAGUAAGUGCCUCAAGAAGUACUGCGAGUGCUUCGAGGCCGGCAUCCACUGCGGCGCCAAGUGCAAGUGCGCCGACUGCGAGAACUACGAAGGGUCCGUGCAAUUGGAAGCGCGGCGGGCGAAGCUCAAGGGGGCGUCGCGGGGCCGGUCCUCGUCGCGGCCUAGAAGUCCAGCGUCGUUGCAGCGGACGUCGUCGUCGCAAAGCUCGUGCUCCGAUGGUGUGCCGUCGUCGGACGAGACGACGGCGUCGGCGGCGUUCCUCGACUUGCUGCGGUCGGCCGCGCAGGAGGCGUCGUCCGAGGCCGUCGAGGUCGCGUAGUGAGUUGAGGGAGCACAUGGCUAAGACAUUCACAUAUAA